AUGGACGGAGUACAACUCCGUGAUGAGGCCACUCAAGAUCGAGUGCGCGCCGCCACCGAGUUCCUUGAUCCAAGUGAUGCUAGAGCGCGAAGUUAUCGGGCUGAUAUUGUUUUGAUGUUGAAUCGGGGGCUACGACGUUUGACAGUUAGCAUCGAUGAAAUUAGAGCUCAUAGCCGCGAACUAGCCGAUGGCCUGCUCACUUCCCCAUUCGACUACUCACAGGCCUUCGACAGAGCCUUGAAAGAUAUCAUCAAGACGUUGCCCAAUCGAGCCUCGACGAUGAUUUCCCUGGAAGGAAUUGUGACCAAAUGCUCCCUGGUUCGACCCAAGGUGAUUCAGAGCGUUCAUUACAGUGAGCGAAAGGAUCGGUUCCUUGCGAGAAAAUACAGGGAUCAGACAAUGACAGCUAGCGGGGGGACAAACUUGAAUGUCUACCCCCAGGAAGAUGAUGAAAAGAACCCACUCAUCACCGAGUAUGGUUAUUGUACAUAUAUGGACCACCAAACGAUCUCGAUACAAGAAAUGCCCGAAAGAGCUCCCGCCGGUCAACUGCCCCGAAGCGUGGACGUGAUCCUCGAUGACGACCUGGUAGAUCGAGCCAAACCCGGAGACAGGAUUCAGCUGGUUGGUAUAUACCGUUCUCUUGGAAAUCGAAAUGCGAACUCCGGCUCGUCGACUUUCCGAACGCUUGUUUUGGCAAAUAAUGUCAUCCAGCUGUCUUCCAAAUCCGGCGGAGGUAUUGCGCAAGCCACCAUCACUGACACUGAUAUUCGCAACAUCAAUAAAAUUUCGAAGAAGAAAAAUAUUUUUGAGCUGAUGUCUCAUUCGCUCGCCCCUAGUAUUUAUGGCCAUGACUAUAUUAAGAAGGCAAUCUUACUGAUGCUGCUUGGUGGUAUGGAGAAAAACCUAGACAAUGGAACACAUUUGCGUGGUGAUAUUAAUAUCCUGAUGGUCGGUGAUCCUUCAACUGCCAAAUCGCAGCUUCUCCGUUUCGUCCUGAACACUGCGCCUCUUGCAAUUGCGACUACUGGUCGCGGAUCUUCGGGAGUUGGUCUCACAGCUGCUGUGACCUCGGAUAAGGAGACUGGCGAACGGAGACUGGAGGCUGGUGCAAUGGUCCUCGCUGACCGGGGUGUCGUUUGUAUCGAUGAGUUUGACAAGAUGAGUGACGUGGACCGUGUGGCUAUUCACGAAGUCAUGGAGCAGCAAACAGUCACGAUUGCGAAAGCUGGUAUCCACACAAGUUUGAACGCUCGGUGCAGUGUCCUGGCUGCGGCUAACCCGAUCUACGGACAAUAUGAUCCCCACAAAGACCCUCACAAGAAUAUUGCUCUGCCGGAUUCUCUCUUGUCGCGUUUCGACUUGCUUUUCGUCGUGACUGAUGAUAUUGAAGAUUCCCGGGACCGAUUGGUAUCGGAACAUGUCCUGCGCAUGCAUCGUUACCGUCAGCCUGGUGUUGAGGAAGGUGCUCCGGUUAGGGAGCAGCUCAACCAAAGCCUGGGAGUUGGACUCGAAGAUAACCAGGACUCGAACCAACCGACGGAAGUCUUUGAGAAAUUCAACGUUAUGCUCCACGCUGGCAUGGCCAGCUCGAGCCGGAGUAAGCGGAACGAGGUUGAAAUCCUGAGCAUCCCCUUCGUCAAGAAAUAUAUCCAGUAUGCGAAAUCGCGAGUCAAGCCUGUCUUGACAAAGGGGGCUGCCGAUCACAUUGUUACGACGUACUCGGCACUGAGAAACGACGAACUAACCGGCAAUCAACGCAAGACAUCCCCAAUCACCGCUCGUACUUUGGAGACAUUGAUCCGUUUAUCUACUGCUCAUGCAAAGUCUCGAUUGUCGAACCGAGUGGAGGAGCGUGAUGCUAAGAUUGCUGAAUCCAUUCUGCGGUUUGCAAUGUUCAAAGAAGUCGUGGAGGAUGAACGCCGGAAGAGAAGAAAGGUCACCAACUUUGAUGACGACUCUGCAUCCAGUGGUUCGGACUCCGAUGAUGAUGAUGACGACGACGAUACACCAGCUAAUAUUCCGAGCACGCGAUCCACGCGACGAAGCGGAAACUUAAGUACGCGUGCAGCCGCCCGUUCCACCGCCGAGGAGAUGGAUGCGGACGGGGAUGACGUUUCGGAGAAUGGUGAUGGCUUAUACAGCGCCAGCCCUCGUGGCCAACGAAUCCGAUCAAGCCAGACCACCCGCAGACAGACACUGAGCCAAUCUCAGAUGUCUGUGGCCUCUUCCCGACCGGCUUCGCAGCUCAUUCAGUCUCAGACAGACAAUUCACAAUCCCAGGCAGCAUCCGCCGUCAGCGCUUCAUCGCAACCCUUGCAGCCUGCUCGCCUGAUUGCCUUCCGCAAGGCCCUAGGUCCAUUGAUGGGAACACGUCUGUUCACUAAUGGUGAAACUGCUGACGUAGAGGAGCUUAUCGGGGCUGUCAAUACUGCGAUCCGCAGCAACCACACGCUCGGUGAAGCACAUGUUUUCCAGCGAGCAGAAGCUAUCCAGGCCCUGAAUGCUAUGAAUGAGAGAAACGAGCUGAUGUAUCUGGAGGAUGACGAGACGGUUUAUAGAAUUUAA